UUCACUAUUACAUGUUAAUAUGAGAGGAAAAUGAGCAACAGACACCACUCCGAACAGAAACGCAACCAUCCAAAGUGCUUGGACUGAUGCAAAAUUGAAACUUCUUCAGGGAAAAAAAUGAAGGAAAAAAGUUUUUGAGUCAGUGUGCAAACAUGAAUGACUGAUUUCCUCUUAAACAUGCAAAAAGUUCAGAGGAAAUAAAACAGACAGAGUGCAAGCCCCACAUGACCUCCAUAAGACAUACUUUUGUUUAUAAUGCACUUUGUUUACCUCAUUCAUUAUGUGUCUGACUGUUUAUGUUCAAAAUUAACUUUUAAGUGUAAGACUCAUGUCUUUUUCACUGGUACAGAUAAAAAUGCUGUCUGCACAAUUUUGAUAAUCUUACUAUCUUUAAGACAUGCAACUGAAGAGUUGAUGGGACAAAAAAAAUGCUUUAUUUUAGCCUAUUUAGCCUGGACAUGGAAAAGUUCAUGUGUGGAAAGUUUUUAAAGUUUGAGAGUGUUACAUAUAAUUGCUGACCACCUAAGAGUGACAGAAGCUGACAACAAAAGAAUUCUUGACCACGAUACCAAUAAUGAAUCAGAUGAGAACAACAAAAUUAAGGCUGAAGAAACAUAAAUCAACAGGCUCUCUUUCUUUCUCCAGUGAGAUUAAAUAGUUUCUAUUUCACUGAAAGACAGUCCAUUUGUAAAUCUUUGCAGAGGCUGUGAUAGAUGUAUUCAACCAUUUUGUCCUUAUCAAUGUUCAUAGAAGCUUAAAAAAGCCUUGGUGUUGUUCCCAGCUUGUAGCAGGUAAAACAACAUUCCAGUUGGCUAAACCCACUCCAAGAACAAGGAAGCAGCUCACACAUGGGGUUUUAAGUGUAAGUUUCGUUUAACAGCCAGACUUCACACCAGCAGCCUCAGACGCACUGGGGAUGACAUCAAGUGAGCAGUGACGAUGACCAUGGCUGACCAUAAGCAAAUGAGACCACCUGAAACAUGUAUACAUAGGAUAAAAAUGUUGAGAUCUUUCUUCAUUGUGGGAAUCCUUUUUAAUGGCUGUAAAUCAGAUGUGAAGUGCAGGGAUGACACUGGAACAGAAGUGGACUGGUAUAUUUUGUACAAGUUACCCAACAAGGAUGGCAAAGGUUUGUCCUACUUGUACAUGGAUGAAAGCACCAGAGGAUGGACACUCAGCAGGGAGAAAAUUAACAGUAAAUCUGGCACUCUGGCAAAUACACUGAAACCUCUUAUGGACUUCUAUGACAGCGAGACUGCAGGCUUUGGAUUCAUGCUCUACAGUGAUCAGCCUCCACCUCCAUAUGUUGCUCCUUCAUCGUUUGGCCACAGUAAAGGUGUUGUGAUGCUGGACAAACAAAGUGGAAUUUGGCUCUCACACAGCACACCAAAAUUUCCAACAUACCGCAGUAAAGACUUCUGGCCCAGCAGUGGAAACGAAAAUGCUCAAACAUUUAUGUGUGUCACAUACCCAUAUGAUCAGUUCAGAGAAAUAGGUUUGCAGCUGAUGUACAUCCAUGCCUAUUCAUAUGACUCAGACAUCCCGAAAACCUUUUUCAAUGAGCUGAGAUGUGUUGCACAGCGAAGCUGCUACCCAAAGGAGACCCCCUGGUAUCGUGAACAUACACUGACCUCAAUGAGAGGGCGACAUUUCUAUAGCUUUGCCAAAUACAAACGUUUUAUGGAUGAUCUUUACUCUGGCCUUGUUGUUUCCCGCCUGGAUCAGCCUCUGAUGGUUAAGAGCUGGGGAAAGAUGCGUAACCCAUUGCCUUCUAACUGCAGCGACAGCAUCCCUCAUCCUGUAUACAAUGUGUUAACAGUCAAGCUGAAUGGGGAGUCCUAUGAUGAUACUGUAGAUCACUCCAAGUGGUGUGUGACUCGUAGCAGAGAACAGGCUUGCAUCGCUGACAUGAACAGAGAAGUGAGUCAGAUGAGUCGAGGUGGAGGUGCUAUAUGCAUGACUGAUGUUUCAGUUGGGAGGGCUUUCUACAGGCUGAUCUCACAGUAUGCAGCAUGCAAACAUCCUCGUGAGGAUCAACGCAGAGAGCUUUAGAAACACUGACAGGCCUCUAUCGAGAUGUAUAUGUAAACUCCAAACUAAUAUAUCUGAUGCUGAGAUCAAAACAUUAUGCAUCCAUGCUAAACACUUGUGAACAUGAAAUUCUAUUUUAUUUUCUGCAUCAUGUAUUAACGUUUAUAAUCACAGUUAUUUAAUCAAUAUCACACAUUUUUAUGUCUUUUUUUCAUCAGAAUCAAGCUAAACUUGAAUAUACCAAGGCUGCUAUUGAAAUGAUCAAUGAUGAAAUAAAAUCAAUAAAAAUGUAUUAUUUGUGACCUCUAAGUAAAAAAAUUCCAUGUUAGUGCAAUCAUAUGAUUUUCUCUCACUCAGCUAACAGCCUGCAGAGUUUACUCUUUGGAUAUAAAACUAGUAUACCUUUAACUGUGACCACAUAUUUUAAGAAUAUGAGACAAUUAUCCAAUAAAACAUAAAAUAAAAGACCAAAGAUUUUACAUAAAACUUCA